AAUAAAAAGAUGAAGAAUAAUUAUCCUUUCCCGCUUAACUACUGUUGUCAGAGCGAGAACUAAACCCAUUUCCUUUCUUAAACCCCAACGCCACAAAUUCUUCAUUUCUCUAACAAAAUCUCUGCACAUAAUUCAUAAUUUAGACUAUAGACUGCAAAUCCAUCAAAGUUAUUCAAGAAUUUCGAGGCUUUUACUUCAUCAGUUGCCUCCGUUGAUGGCCUCCUUAUCUUUCACCCAUUUACUUUCAAUUCCCUGCAGGUGGCAUUCAACUUGCCCGAAUUACCAAACAUUAAACUUUGUCCAACUUCAAGAUUUUAGAUUGCAAAAUAAAUGGGGUCUGGCAGCUAUCUCUAGGAAGAAAAUUUCCGAGGCGUUGCCUGAAGGAGAGAAGCCUAAUGAAAAUGAUGUAGUUUUGAAGAAGAAAAACACUACUAGGAAAACUACGAAAGCUACUUCUCGAACUAGGAAGAAAGCAGCUGAUACACCAGAAGAGAAUUCGGAAUUGACGAUAAAUGUUGAUACUACACAUGAAGAAAGUCCUGUUUCUCCGUCGAGCCAAGAUUCUAAGAAAACCCCUAGAAGGUCUCGAAAAAAAGCUACAUCAGCUACUGCUUCUGUGGAGGAAGAAGGCGCUGAGAAGAAAACUAGGAGAAAGAGGAAGACUAAGAAGACGGAUGAGGAUGUGAAAGUGAAAGUGGAGGAUCAAGUUAGUGAACCUGAUAUUAGCGAUAAAGAGGAUUCUGUUUUUGUUCCAAAUGUUGAAGAUGAGAGUGAUGGAGAUCUGGAAUUGGAGAAAGAUGAUGAAGAUGAUGUUAGCUCUACAUAUGGGUGGCCUCCCCUUGUUUGUUGCUUCGGCGCUGCCCAGCAUGCUUUCGUGCCAUCAGGAAGGCCCGCUAACAGACUUUUAAAUUAUGAAAUCCAUGAUAGAAUGAAGGAUGCAUAUUGGGCACCGGAAAAAUUUGUGAGGGCACCUGGAGGAUCUGCAGGCAGUGUUGCAAUCGCUCUUGCAACCUUAGGUGGUAAGGUUGCUCUUAUGGGAAAGCUGGGAGAUGACGAGUAUGGUAAGGCUAUGCUCUAUUAUUUGAAUGUGAGCAACGUACAAACACGAUCAGUUCGUAUUGAUAAUAAAAGGGCAACCGCUGCAUCACAGAUGAAGAUUGCUAAGAGAGGCCGCUUGAGAACGACUUGUGUCAAAACCUGUGCUGAGGAUUCUCUAUCUAAAUCUGAAAUGAAUAUUGAUGUGCUGAAAGAGGCAAAAAUGUUCUACUUCAGCACACAAUCUCUACUUGAUCGAAAUAUGCAAUCGUCCACAUUGGGGGCAAUUAGGAUUUCCAAGAAAUUGGGAGGUCUUAUUUUCUAUGAUCUUAACCUGCCAUUGCCACUCUGGCAGUCUAGUGAAGAAACCAAGUUAUUCAUACAAGAAGCUUGGAAUAAUUCAAAUAUUAUCGAGGUAACUAAGCAAGAGCUUGAGUUUCUCUGCGGGAUCAAGCCCACUGAGGAAUUUGACACCAAAAACAACGCCAGUUCUAAGUUUGUCCAUUAUGGACCAGAAGUGGUUGCGCCACUUUGGCAUGAAAAUCUCAAGGUUUUGUUUGUGACAAAUGGGACUUCUAAGAUACAUUAUUACACUGAGGAGCACAAUGGCUCAGUGCAUGGCAUGGAGGAUCCCCCCAUUACUCCUUUCACGUCUGAUAUGUCAGCUUCUGGAGAUGGUAUUGUUGCAGCUAUUAUGAGAAUGCUCACAGUUCAGGCACACCUCAUUACUGAUAAAGGAUACUUGGAGCAAACACUUAAGUAUGCAAUUGACUGUGGAGUAAUAGAUCAAUGGCUGCUGGGACGGACUCGUGGCUUCCCCCCCAAGGAAGACAUGGAAGAAGAGGUGGAACCCGAUUUAAAUGGUAUUAAAUCAGUAACGGAAAAAGAAUAUCGCACAGUUGAAUACAAUCAGAAGGAGCUCUUAGUUUGAGCUGAUUUUCCUAGGCAGAUACAUAUAUUUGAAUGCUAAAUGCCUUUAACAGACCAGGUAUUUUCUUCCUCUAUCAAGUAUAAUUGUGAAUGUUCUGGGGUUCACUAAAUGCAGCACCGAAUGUGCUACGCCAAUUUUGUUAUGUACCAGCAUCAGUAACAGUUUUUUUAAAAGAUUCAGUCUCCUUCACUAUAAUUUAAGCACAUUUCAAUUUCUUUACCUGAAUCAA